AAGUUUCACAGCGCUGGGAAGCGGCAGGAAAUCUCGGGAAAACGCUUCUGGGGAGGGUGUUUUCUGUAAAGUUGCCAUCCGUUUCCCCUGAUUCAAGCACUUUUUGAGAGGGAGAGGGAGAGGCAGAGGAUUUGGUUCACUGAACAAGGCUGAAGAAGAUCAAAUUUUUCCAAAAUCAAAAUUCUACUUUCCCUCUGAGUUUCCACUUGACUCUCUUUCUCACAACAAGACGUCCUAUUCUCUACCGUGAAGGCAAGCGGCGGAAGAAGUUGACUGUGCUUUGCCUUUAGUCUCUGCAACCUAUCUUCUCUGUUCUUCGGUUCAAGCUUCGUGGAGGGGUUCUUUGAUCGAUCAAUGAAGGAUUGCCAACGCCAUGAGAAAGAAACUUGACACCCGUUUUCCUGCUUCUCGGAUUAAAAGGAUAAUGCAAACAGAUGAAGAUGUCGGAAAGAUUGCACUGGCUGUACCUCUUUUAGUUUCUAAAGCAUUGGAACUGUUUUUGCAAGAUCUAUGUGACAGGACAUAUAAUGUUACUCUUAAAAGAGGGGCAAAAACAAUGUGUUCUUCGCAUCUAAAACAGUGUGUGCAUAAUUUUAGCGUCUUCGAUUUCCUCAAAGAAACAGUCAACAGGGUUCCUGAUGUUGGGUGUUCAGUUGUUGUUGGAGAAGACAGAUCUUCCAAGAGAAGAAAAGCUGUAGAUGAUGAAAGCAACGUAAUCGAUGAAGAAUCAAAGAGGAGUAAAAGAGAGCCGGUUCAUGAUAGCAGAGGACGGGGUAGAGGACGAGGUAGAGGACGAGGUAGGGGGCGUAGAAGAGGUUCCCAUGAAACUGAGUGGGAUUUUUCUCAUUACAACAAAUAUGAAGGUGGCCCAGAAACGUCUCCGCAGCACCAUCACAAACUUGAGCAGGGAGAGAAUGACUUCAACAAAACAGAGCUGAAGGAGAUAGACAUGACAGGUACUCCUGUUCCUGUGAGAGACUUUGAUUUGAACAUUGAUCUAGACGAAAAUGGUUUAGCUAUGACAAACCCCGUCUUGGCAUGGCCGCCGUUCACCUAUAUCAACAAAGUUACCAUUGAUCCCCUUCAACUGGCCUUGAUAGAUAAAAGAAUCGAUGAAGAAGAAGACUACGACAACGAAGACGACAUUUAGCUUUUCCUUAAGCUGUCUUGCUUUUGGUAGCUGUUUAUUUCAUGUCACAGAAUACCCCUUGUUGAUCAGUUGAUUAAGAUUAUUAUAUCUGUACAUAAAGAAGUUUUAGCAAGUUUUGAUGAGCCGAGUGCUCUUUUUAUUAUACUUAGGCUUUUCCACAGCGUUAGAAAUAUGUAAUUAGAACAACAGAUGAUAGGUUAUAGUUCUUUCUUUUUUAUGAGCUUUUUGUCUUUCA